AUGGAGCUUACGAUGGAAAACAUUGGAAAUCUGCACGGCGUGUCUCACUCUCAUCAAACGAGCGACUUAAUGAACUCGCCGCACGCGCGACAAUCGUCGGCGUCGCAUCGGAACUUGGUGUCGCACGGACGGUCAGCUAUGGUGUCCAGCAUGGCCUCAAUUCUGGAGGGUGCAGGGGACUACCGCACAGACCACGCACUGUCGGGACCCCUGCAUCCCGCCAUGACAAUGUCCUGCGACUCAGGGAUGAGCCUGAGCAGCACCUACACUACUCUCACGCCGCUGCAGCACCUGCCGCCAAUUUCAACCGUGUCAGAGAAAUUUCACCAUCCACACCCGCACGCGCACCAUCAUCCCGCGCACCAGCGGCUGGGAGCGGGGAACGUCAGCGGUAGCUUCACACUUAUGAGGGACGAUCGCAGUUUAGCAUCCAUGAGCAAUCUGUAUGGUCACUAUCCCAAAGACAUGUCGGGCAUGGGGCAACCUCUGUCGCCCCUGUCCAAUGGUCUGGGCUCUUUGCAUAGCUCUCAGCAGACCCUCAGCGCCUAUGGGCCAGGAGCUCACCUCUCCAACGACAAAAUGCUCUCAACCGGAGGUUUUGAGUCCCACGCUGCCAUGCUGUCUAGAGGUGAAGAGCAUCUGGCGCGAGGACUUGGGGGCCACGGGGCAGGCCUGAUGUCAUCCCUCAACGGUAUCCACCAUCACAGCCACCCGCACUCUCAGGCCAAUGGUUCCAUGCUGUCAGAGCGAGAUCGGCAGACAGUGGUGGGGGGCGGUCAAGGCGCUGGGUCGGGUCAAGUGGAGGAAAUAAACACCAAAGAGGUGGCUCAAAGAAUCACCGCAGAGCUCAAGCGCUACAGCAUCCCACAGGCCAUUUUUGCUCAGAGGAUCUUGUGCCGGUCCCAGGGAACUUUGUCUGACCUGCUGCGGAAUCCAAAACCAUGGAGUAAACUGAAAUCAGGUCGCGAAACCUUUAGGAGGAUGUGGAAGUGGCUGCAGGAGCCCGAGUUCCAGCGGAUGUCAGCGCUGAGACUUGCAGCCUGCAAGCGUAAAGAACAGGAGCAACACAAGGACCGAAACACAGCACCUAAGAAGCAACGGCUGGUCUUCACCGACCUGCAGCGCCGCACACUCAUUGCCAUCUUCAAGGAGAACAAGCGCCCAUCGAAGGAAAUGCAGAUCACCAUCUCCCAGCAGCUUGGCCUGGAGCUCAGCACAGUCAGCAACUUCUUCAUGAAUGCACGGCGCCGCUGCGUGGACCGUUGGCAUGACGAUCAUGGAACCAGCCCGGGACAGCCAGGCACAUCGGCCACCACCUUCUCCAAGGCCUGA